AUGGAGGCCACAGGGACAGAUGAAGUAGAAAAGCUAAAAUCAAAGUUUAUGUCUGCAUGGAACAACAUGAAAUACAGUUGGGUUUUGAAAACCAAAACUUACUUCAGUAGAAACUCUCCAGUCUUUCUGCUGGGAAAGUGUUACCACUUCAAAACUGAUGAAUCUGGUGAACCCUCUGCAGAUGGGUCCAACUUUGAUAAAAUCACCACAGAGAUUUCAGGAAACGUUGAGGAGUUCCGUAAGGAUUUUAUUUCUCGAAUAUGGCUGACUUACAGAGAGGAAUUUCCUCAGAUCAAGGGAUCUGCCUUAACUACGGACUGUGGUUGGGGCUGCACACUGAGAACUGGUCAAAUGCUGCUGGCUCAAGGUCUCAUGCUUCAUUUUCUUGGUAGAGCCUGGGUCUGGCCAGAUGCAUUGGACAUUGACAAUUCGGAUGCUGAAUCAUGGACAGCCCACACAGUGAAAAAGCUGACAGCAUCGUUUGAAGCAUCACUUACAGCAGAGAGAGAACCCAAGAUCCUGUCAAAUCACCACCGGCCAAGAGUGAAGAGAAACUGUGAUGACAAUGAAAGGAGAAAUGAAGUUUAUCAUAGAAAAAUAAUUUCUUGGUUUGGCGACUCUCCACUGGCAGCUUUUGGCUUACAUCAGCUGAUAGAAUAUGGAAAGAAGUCUGGGAAAAUCGCAGGAGAUUGGUAUGGGCCUGCGGUUGUGGCACACAUUUUAAGAAAAGCUGUUGAAGAAGCAAGAGACCCUGAGCUGCAAGGAGUAACAGUCUAUGUUGCUCAGGAUUGCACAGUCUACAGUUCAGAUGUUAUUGACAGACAGUGUUCCUUUAUGGAUUCUGGAAAAGCAGACACAAAAGCUGUGAUUAUAUUAGUUCCUGUGAGGCUCGGUGGAGAGAGAACAAACACGGACUACUUAGAGUUUGUAAAGGGAAUUUUAAGCCUUGAGUAUUGUGUUGGUAUUAUCGGUGGCAGACCCAAGCAGUCGUAUUACUUUGCUGGAUUUCAAGAUGACAGUUUGAUUUACAUGGAUCCUCAUUACUGCCAAUCUUUUGUAGAUGUCAGCAUAAAGGAUUUCCCUCUUGAGUCAUUCCACUGUCCUUCUCCCAAAAAGAUGUCAUUCAAAAAAAUGGAUCCUAGCUGCACAAUAGGAUUUUAUUGUAGAACUGUGCAGGACUUUGAGAAGGCUUCUGAAGAAAUAACGAAGAUGCUGAAAUCUUCAUCUAAGGAGAAAUACCCCUUGUUUACUUUUGUGAAGGGUCAUUCUAGAGACUAUGACUUUGCUUCCAGUCCACUCCAUGAAGAACGUGACCUUUUCUCUGAGGAUGAAAAGAAAAGAUUAAAAAGAUUUAGUACAGAGGAGUUUGUCUUGCUUUAAGGACGUUUUACACAAGAUUAUUGGCAGCUGUCCAGGGGAACACUUGCCUUUUAAGAAACAGACAUCUGUGUCCUACUCCCCCUACCCCAGAAGGCAAGCUUGUGCUGAGAUUGGUCUAUUUUCAUAACAAUGAUCAUGUUUUAUAUGUUAAUAGUCUUUAGAAUGGCAAUUAGAAAUGUAC